UUCGACUCCCGACAAGUACCGCGCCGUCCGACGGAGGGGAUACACGUCUGCCGGUCGUCCAUUAGCCUCUGUUAUUUAGUUACUUACCUUCCACCAGGGACUGGAUGCAGAACGUGCCAGAGCUUAAGUGGAAAUUGCUGCAAUCAUCUCGUUGAGCGUAAACAAACCAAUAGGUAUUCAUCAUGAAACCACGGUGGCCAAUGAUAGUGCUGUGUAUAAGUGUAUUAGCAGCAAGCACCUACUCAUAUCCAACUAAAGAUGAAUAUGUAGUAUUUGCUGACAAUAAUCAGAAAAGUACAGUACCUAUAGUCGAUACAACAGAGAGGCCGCUCGCGCCUGUCAAGAUGACGGAUAUGCGCGUGCGCUCCGAAGUGGCGCUGCGUUAUGCGCGCACACUUGUGGUCACUCGAGUGCAUAACCCUGACAAACGGGCGCAGGAGGUCACAUACCGCAUGCUGUUACCUGAGACCGCCUUCAUCAGUGGUUUCACAAUGAUUCUCAGUGGAAAGUCCUACAAAGCGUACGUUAAAGAAAAAGAAGAAGCUAAGCAAAUUUACACUCAAGCAGUAUCACAAGGAAUUGGUGCAGCGCACAUUGCUACGAAAGCUCGCGACUCCAACCACUUCACGGUAUCAGUCAACGUAGAGGGCAACACAACAGCUGAAUUCGAGAUGAGAUACGAAGAAUUCCUGGUCCGACGCAACGGGUUGUACAAUCAUGCCAUCAAUUUGCAUCCUGGUGCUUUUGUGCCAAAAAUGGAAGUCGUUGUGCAUAUCAAAGAAUCACAAAAGAUCACUACACUGAGGGUUCCUGAAUUAAGGACCGGCAACGAAGUUGAUGCAACGGAGAAAGAUCCGCAAAACAAAAUAGCUGCUAUUCAAAGAGGUACUAACGAGCGGGAGGCAACCAUCACUUUCACUCCCGAUAUAAAAGAGCAGAGGAGGCUCGCUGCUAUAUAUGUGGACAAAACUAAAGAAAAGAGUUCAUCGGAAAAGUACAUUGGCUACAGUAGCGACGAGGAGGAGGAUGACGAUGAUAACACAGUGCUUGGACAGUUUGUGGUGCAAUAUGAUGUAGAUCGAACAGACAAUAAUGAAAUUUUGGUAAAUGAUGGUUAUUUUGUACAUUUACUGGCGCCGACGUCACUUACGCCAUUGAGUAAGUAUGUAGUGUUCGUGCUCGAUACAUCUGGAUCUAUGAUGGGUCGGAAAAUAGUACAACUGCGCAACGCUAUGGAAGCCAUUCUGUCUGACCUCAAGCCAAACGACUAUUUCAGCAUUGUUGAGUUCAACUCAGAUGUUAAGGUUCAUGAGUUGAAGGAAGCUGAUGAAGAGCCAUCACCGACAAACUCGCACUACUACUCAUACUUCGAAUCGCGCCCCUCUACACCGGUCACACUGGUGCCCUCUUCGCCCGCUACUGCCCAAAACAUUGCUAAGGCCAAAGUGAUUGUGUCCAGACUAAAUGCUUCUGGAGGUACUAACAUCUUUAGUGCGCUAGAUGUGGCGUUAAAUCUUGUUCAAAAAGGUGCUCAGAAGAAAAAUGAAACAGAACCGCUACCUAAAGCUGCCGCAGUAGCUGUUACUAGUACUGAGGCAACACAGAAGAAAGGAAAGGAGUUGGAGCCCAUCAUCAUCUUUUUGACGGACGGCGAUCCGACCGUUGGUGAAACUAACACGGCACGAAUCAUUACUUCCAUUACCGAGAAAAACUCUGGCGAAAAACGGGCAGCUUUGUACUCACUCGCUUUUGGGGAAGACGCGGACCGUACCUUUCUGCGCAAAGUGUCACUCCGCAAUGAAGGCUUCAUGCGGCACAUCUACGAGGCAGCUGACGCGGCACUGCAGUUACAUGACUUCUACCGCCAGGUGUCAUCCCCGCUACUUUCACAUGUGCAGUUCUUAUACCCAUCAAAACAGAUAAAGGAAGGUUCCGUUAGUAAAACCCAGUUCCGCACUAUUAACGCCGGCUCGGAGGUGGCGAUCGUGGGUCAGAUUGCGGAUGACGUCACUGAGUUAACGCCAGAAGUUAGCGGCUUCUGUGGCAAUGAUGAUGGCGUGGGCAGGAAACGCUACCAAAUAUCUCCCAAAGUGACUGUGUCUCGCAACAAGGACGAAAGCUUGCCGCUGGAGCGGCUGUGGGCUUACCUCACCAUCAAGCAGUUGCUGGACAAACGCGACGCUGAUGAUGACCAAAGCAUCGACGAGAACAGCCCCGAGAAGAAGGCCCUGGCUAUAGCGCUUAAGUACGAGUUUGUGACUCCUCUGACGUCACUCGUGGUGGUCAAGCCAGAACAAACCAACGCUGUCGAUGUUGAAUCCGUUGACAAGACAUCAGACGACUCUUCAAUUGCUUACCAGCCAAUUGUAGGGCCGCGUCCACCUUCAGCGCCGCGCCCUAACAAUGCGUACCUGACUUCAAACUUUGCUUCCUUUGCAAGUAGUGCUCUAUUGCCAGGGGGGCCAGCGCCAAGUUUUGCACAAGGAGGUCUACCCCUCGCUCUUGAUGCGGCGCAAUUUCCGGAGGCUUUAGUAGAGGAUGAAGUGGAUAGCGCUUUUCCACAACGUAAUAUGAGACCUGUGGCGUUUAUAAGUAGUUCAUCAAGCAGACAACAACAAUUCGACUUUAUGGAUGCCCAGAGAAAUCAGAAUCGGUAUAGCUUUAGCGGUGGCAGCGGAGGCGGCGGUGGUGGUGGGUUUGUCGGUCCGCAGCGACCGUCGUACGGAGCUUCAAUGGAUUAUGGCGGCUAUAGUGCAGGGUUUCCAGGAUUACCCGGUCCAUCAGGCUAUGGUGGCUACGGUGCCGGCAUGCCAGGACGACCGGCAGUGAGCUCGCAUGUCGGCUAUAGUAGCGUUACAGGUACUCCAUCAUUACCUAUGGCCCCCGAUUUCUACAUAUCUUCUCCUCGACCAAUAACUGCCAAGCAGCCAGCAUACGCUACAACUACAGCUCAAUCUUCGGAUAAUAUAGAACUCUACGAGUGGACGGAAUCUUUACUGAACCCCACGAAUAACUCACUCGUGUUUAAUGACGAUGGGACCGAAGUCAUCCUUGAGCUUUCAAGUGAUGUGGAUCCACCUAAAGCGGAUGGUGGAGACGGAGAGUGUUCGAACAGCACGUCUACGUCCUCAGUGGGGGCGAAUGAGAACGCUGGCAAUGUCUGCGUGUACCUCACUCGGUGCUACACCGCUCGCAGCAUCACUGCUGAUGACUAUCAGAAGAGCUACUGCAUUGUCAACAACAACAACAACAGAUAUGCUGGUAUUUGUUGCGCAAGAUCCGAAGUUGACAAAAACCCUUAGUAAUAAUGUAAAUGUUAAUUAAGGCCAUUUAUAAAUAAAUGUUUUAAUAUGACUUAA